AAUUUGAACCGCCGUAUCGAGCAAACCGUCGUUUCCCAAGUCGAAGUAAACGCGCGCCGUGGGUACCGUCGUCGUCGUCGUCAGUCUGGUGCUGCUGCUGCUGCCCUGUCCCAAAUGUCCGCGUUCCAAUAAAAUAAAAGAAUCACAUUUCUUCUAUAUAGUUAAUAGUAUUAGUUAAAUCAGGGGGAUCGUCUGGUUUCAUUAUCGUUUCGUUUCGUUUUCGUGGUGCGUUGUGUUUUGGUGCUGGUGCAGAAAAAAAAGAAGCAAAGUAUCAAAAAAAAAGAAGAGAAAAUAAAAAAAAAAUACAUAAAUUAAACGUUGGCAAAAAAUUAUAUUCAAGUUGAUUAUAUAAGGCCGUAACCGUAACCAGAUUUUUAUACACCAAAAAUUCUUGACCGGAUUUCUCUACAUUUGGAUAAAAAACAAAAACUCCCUCCAUCUCUUACUACGUCAUAUUUGCUUAUAUAUCUGUACUAUACAGGUACAUAUAUACGAAUAAAUGAUUGCUGGGGUCCCAUAUCGAGUGAUCAAUUUAAUUUAAUCAAAGUCCAUAACUCAAAUUCAAUGAACAAAUAAAUUUGCGCGCUCCUCCAAUCAAUAAAACUAUCAAUAGAAUUGCAAUUGAAAAACAAUAGCAAAUAGCGAAAAGUAAAAACUUAAAUAACCAUCUGGGCAACACAAAUUUAAAAGUUGUAACGGUUAUUCUCAGCAUUUUACUCACGGAAACCAGUUUAAACCAUGGGAAACUCAUCGUCACACACGCACGAACCACUCGAGCGCGGCUUCACACGCGGAAAAUUCGGUGAUGUCAAGAAUGGGAAAUCGGCCUCAUUUCGGUUUAGCAAGAAAUCACCUAAGAAAAUGGAUCGUUUGCGACGCUCCUUUCGCGAUUCGUUUCGCCGUCGCAAGGAUCGUGUGCCAGAGUCCUCGAAGCCACAUCAAUGGCAGGCCGAUGAAGAGGCCGUUCGUUCGGCCACCUGUUCUUUUUCGGUUAAGUAUCUUGGCUGUGUUGAGGUCUUCGAGUCACGCGGCAUGCAGGUCUGUGAAGAGGCCCUCAAGGUUCUAAGGCAAUCUCGUCGACGUCCUGUGCGUGGUCUUCUUCAUGUCAGUGGCGAUGGCCUUCGUGUGGUAGAUGACGAGACAAAGGGCCUGAUAGUGGAUCAAACCAUCGAGAAGGUCAGCUUCUGUGCACCGGAUCGCAAUCACGAGCGUGGUUUCAGCUACAUAUGCCGCGAUGGCACCACCCGUCGAUGGAUGUGUCAUGGGUUCUUGGCCUCAAAGGAUUCUGGCGAACGUUUGUCCCAUGCGGUUGGAUGCGCUUUUGCUGUUUGCUUGGAACGCAAGCAACGCAGGGACAAAGAGUGCGGUGUCACAAUGACCUUUGACACCAAGAACUCGACAUUCACACGGACUGGGUCGUUCCGUCAGCCAACAUUGACCGAGCGACUGGCCAUGGCCACAGCGGGUACCCAUGAGCGAAGCGUCGAUGGUCCACCCUCCUCAUCAAUGCCAGGACCACCGGCUGCCACAGUGAAACCAUUUAAUCCUUUUGCUAUUGAACGACCACAUGCCACACCAGUCAUGCUGGAGCGUCAGGGUUCAUUUAGACUAAGCACAAUUGGUAGUCAGUCGCCGUUUAAGCGUCAAAUGUCGCUACGGGUCAAUGAUCUUCCGUCCAAUGCUGAUCGUCAGAAGGCUUUCCUGGCGGCCGCUUCGGGUAAUCCACUGCAUACUCCAUUGCGCAGUGUCUCGCCCAUAGCUGAGGUUUCGCCAGCCAAAUCGACCGGCGAUUCUAGUGCAGCCGCCGCAGCUGCUGACUCAGUGAGUCAACUUUGCCAGGAACUGAGUCAGGGCCUGUCGCUUCUCACCCAAACCCAUGCCCAAUUAGUGGCCGAAGAUGAUCUGAAUUUUAAUAACAAUCGCAGUAUCAACCAGAAUAUCAUAGCCGCCGAGAAGCAUCAAGUAAUCUCGUACAAUGUCACGCCCACAGCUCAGGUAACCCCUCGUGUAGUUAGCACAACGCCGACUUAUCAGACCCUUACCUCACAGUCCCCAACGCGCUCCGAUCAGAGCAUGGAGUCAUCCACUGACUUGCCCAAUGCUGAGCAAUGGCUGGGUCAAGUAGUCCGCAGUACCUCACCAGCUGCACCGUUGAAACGGCCAACCUAUCUGGCCAAUGUCGGCAGGGCGCAGACUUUGGCUGCCAGCGCAGUUCCAGCUUCCAAUAGCAGCGGCGGCGGUGGUGGACCCGAUGAUCCCUUCGAUGCCGAAUGGGUGGCCAAUGUGGCGGCUGCCAAACAGAUGUCACCCGAUUUGCCUAACAACUCUAUCACAGGAACACGUUCACCGCUAGCCAGGCAUAGUACCAAUCCGUUUAUCUCACCGCCCAAGGCGCCAGCGCAAUCAUUCCAAGUGCAGCUGUAAUAGCACACACACACACACACACACACAGAGACACAAACCGAUUAAAUGAGGUUAAAAGCAAGUGGGCUGGGCAAUGGGGGCAAAGUGUGGUUCACUUCAAAAAAAAUCCAUCAAAAAAUUUUAGUGUAAAAUGAUGAGGAAUAUAUAAGUAGUUAAAGAAAUGGAUACCAGGAUACUUAACGCAAACAUAAACUAAAUGUUUAACUAUAUACAUACAUAUACCGUUACUUAUACGCAUAAAAGUACAGUACACACACACACACUCACACACACACACAACCACACACAAUAAUGGCGCUUAGCAUAAGGAAAAGACUUGAAAUGCUUCUACUUAAAAUGAAAAAAACUUAAUGCGAUAUACUAAAUGCCAGCACCGGAAGGGGUCAAAGAGAGAUCCAUAAUGAGAAAAAUAGACAUAAAAUUAUUCAAUUUCAAUCAAAUUUUCAAUUUAAACAUUUAGCUCAGUUAGCUAAAGUGCUAAAGAAAAUGUAAGACUUUUAACCAGUCGAAACAAAUACCAUAAAUAGAUUUAAUAGAUCGUGUACUGAACCAACUUAGACUCACAUUCCUUCUAUUUACCCUUUAUGCGAUCUCUCUCUCUAAGCCCCAACCAAAAACCAAAUUGACCAAGCUACCAAGUUACCCACAAAAUAAAGACCACCCAUAAAAAAAAAUUUAAAUCGAGUGCACUUCUACUAUAUAUAUAUAAUGUCUGUAUUAUAUUUCGAUAAUAUCCUCCUUCCAAUUACUUGUUGACUCACCUAAACAAUUUUCCAACUAUUAAAUUUAAAUUUUAUAUUGUAUCUUAGGGCCAUUAUUACAAUUUUGUGUCUGUUAGUAUUUCAUUAUUAUUUUUUUUCUUGAUUUUAUCAAAUUUCUAAUUUAAUUUAAUUUAAUUUUUAAAUCUGUACAAAAUGUAUUAUACUUAAAUUAUAAGCAUAAUUUAA